AUGGCUCAUGUCACGCUUGAUGUUUCACAGGCCAAGAGCCAGACUCUCCACAGCAGUCUCCAGCGGGGACAGGGCGCCCCCACAGCUCCCCAGGGAGGUGAGGAGGUGAGAGGGGAUCCCGAUAUUCCGGCCUGGGCUCCGAUCCUCUACCAGCUGCAGCUCCUGGCGUUCCGGGACAAGCCGGACCCGCUGUCUCUCCCGGUGGCCGACCGGAUCCGGAUCGGGAACCACAAGCGGGAGCGAGGGAACUUCUUCUUCCAGCGGGAGGAGUACGCCAUGGCCUCGCGCUCCUACUGCAUGGCACUGGACGUGCUUACCACUCACACACACGAUGAGGGUGGCUGUUUGCCGGGAGAGGAGGAGGAGGUGAAUGACCAGCGUGUCAAGUGUCUGAACAACCUGGCCACGGCGCAGCUGAAGCUGGAGCAGUUUCACGAGGCGCUGCACACCAGCCGAGACGUCCUCUUCAUCGACCCCAGCAACGUCAAGGCCCUCUUCAGGACCGGCAAGCUCCUGUCGGACCGGGGUGAGUAUGAGGAGGCCAUGGACCUGCUGAAGAAAGCCCUGAAACUGGAGCCCACAACCAAGGCCAUCCAUGCAGAGCUGUCCAAGCUUGUGACACGACAGUCAGGCGGAGACAACACACCCAAGUGGAAAGUGAAACCGGCUCAGGUGCUAGGGGAAAAUGUGGCUCCCUUCGUGAUUACCCCUAAAACGAAGCCCUCAGGAAUGUCUUGGAAGUUUCUGCUUGGUGCUCUGGUGGUGGCCUUGGGCAGUUUAGUCACCUCAGUGGUCCUGACUGCAAGAAAUUAACUCCCGUUCUGUACCAUAAACUUCUCUCAAAACUCAUCUGAGCCACUCUCUCACUCACCUCUAAAACUACACUUCCUUCUGUACCAAGCCCAGCACAUCUGGCAACAGAGAGAAAGUGCACACCGUUGUAUUGUCUGUCUGUGUCCUAUUAACUUGUCAUGUUGGCUGACUCGCAUGCACCGACACAUGCAACAUAUAGAAUGUACUGUACUGACUGCACUCGUAGAGGCACAAACCAAACGUCGGGGAGCUACAGGCUUUCUGACAAGAUUUUUUUUUGUUUAGUUUCUGUGCUGCCAUCUUCAGUCACAAGUAUGGUAGCUCAUACUCACAGCUGGCAAGACACCAUGUUUUUCAUUCCCAUCAUGUUAUGCAACUUCCCUUUCAAAACAUUCCACUGUAGCCCGUGUCCUGUAGUAGUCUACGCAAUAGAAAGCCCAGGUAUGAAGAUGGUCGAUAUAGGCAAGAUGAUACUUCAAAAUAGCUUGCAAUUGGCAAGGACCAAACAAAAGGAAAUGUCAAAGUAUAAUUUAUUGUGUUUUUUUUCUAUCUGACAUGUUAGAUAAAGAAAACGAAUCCAUAUAGUCUACUAAAAUGAAAUGUGUGUAAUAUUUUUUUUUUCCCAAAAUUGUUUUGCUACAUGUUCUCUGGACCACAAUUGUGAGAAUUCUGUUCUGAAAUAUUCUUAAUAAAGUCUGGUAGAUGCAAUUCAUAUUUUAA